UUCUGACACCGCGAGCGAUAGUUCUUCAGAAUCAAAAGAAAACAUUAGCUCGCCACCUCUGAAAAGAGAAAAACUUUUCGUUGGAAAAGAAAUGUACAAAAGACUUCAACGACCUACCGUCCGUGAAAUACUGAAAGACAACGAACAAGGUCGCUUGAUAGUACGAAGUUAUGCGCAAACAAAAAUACUGUCGAAACAUUCCCGGAACGUUCUUCUAGAACUACUCAUAUCACACUUAAUAAAUACCGUUAAAGGCCCGGUCAAUAAACAUGACUUUCUGCAUUUUGCUCGAGGAAUAAUAGAUGUAUUUCCAUCGGAGGACAUAAAUUUAUAUUAUGUUGCACCGGUAUCUAAAAAGGACUCUCGAAAUAGAAAAUCGAUUUCUGUACGAGGCAAACUUGUAGAAAAAUAUCGCAAUAAAUUGAGACAAAAUAAACGUAUACUAGCAGAUAUUUCUGAUGUUACAACUUCUACUGAUCUUGAAAGUGAAGCAUCUAAUGACGUUGUAAGUGAAGUGUUGGAGACAAGCGUCAAAUGGUUGGAAACUAAUCAAGAACCGUGGGAAGUAGUUGAAAACCACUGAAAGGCUACUGCUACUAUUCGUUGGAAAGACAAUCGAAACAAUCGGGAUACUUUGCUUUCUGAUAAAAUAUUUGAAAAAUGGCCGAUUUUAAAUCAUCCAAUAAGCUGGAAAUUAAUAGUUCAGGAUUUCGAACAUUUUGAAUUAAGUUCGACAGAAGACGCUAUUAAUCAGUGGCCUCAAUUCUUCCGAAACGUCUUAAAAGUUUGCCCUCUUGAGAAAAAGAAAACUGUUCAAGUGAAUGAGCUAUUAAAAAUAAUAGAAAGUGAUCAAAGCGAUGAAUCUAAAGCUAUUGCGCAAUUGUGUGCCCUGUCAUAUAUGAUUCCUCCAAGAAGACGAGUUAGAACAAAGAAGGGUCAUUGGAAACCUUCGA